GUCGAGCUGGAGAACUGGGCGCUCCCCGUGUUGCACGUGGGCGAGCGAUUCUUGCACGGCCGGACAGCCUUGCACGUGGCCGCGGCCGCGGGCCAUGUCGGAUGCGUGGCCGCGCUGCUGAAGCUGCGCGCCGACGUCGGCGCGAGCACCAGCGAUGGCCUCACUGCCCUGCACCUCGCCUGCCAGCGUGG